UGGGCCCCUAUACCGCCUCCUCAUGCUGCUGCCAGGCCCGUAAUCUGCCAUGGGGCCCCUGUACCGACUCCUCAUGCUGCUGCCAGGCCCGUAAUCUGUCAUGGGCCCCUGUACCGCCUCCUCAUGCUGCUGCCAGGUCCAGAGUGUGUCAUGGGUCCCUGUACGGCCUCCCAUUGCUGCUGUCUCUAUCGCCACACUCUGCCAUGUGCCACUUUCAGGUCUCCUCACACUGCUGGUGGUUUCCAUUUUUGUCAUAGGGUGCUGUAUGGCCUCCCAUUGCUGCUGCCUCCACCGCCACACUGUGGCUCCACACUCUGGUUUUGGCCCCGUGACUGCCCAAAUGAGUGUGAAGUGUGCGGUGAUUCUAAGAUCGACGGCACUCAUCUGCAUGUCAUACUGACUGACAGUAUUAUUUCUCUUCCCCAGCAGACUCCAAGGGCAUUUAAAUUAAAGGUACAGUGUUCUGCACUAAUAUUA